AUGAGCACUCCAAAGAUUACGCUCUACACCAACCACCGGUGCCCCUGGGCGCACCGCGCUCAUAUUGCCCUCAAGGAGUUGGGAUUAGACUACGAGGAAGUCAUCAUUGACUUGACCAAGCCACGAGAGCCCUGGUAUCUGGACAUCAAUCCGCGCGGCCUUGUUCCCUCUAUCACCUACGGUGAGCACAUUAUCACGGAGUCCGCAGUUGUUGCCCAAUUCCUGGCCGACGCCCAUCCGUCGCACCUCCUCCCUCCGUCCAACAGCGAGAACGGUGCCAUCCAACGCGCUCGCAUCGCCUUCUUCGUCGACACGUUCUUCAGCAAGGUCCAACCCCACUUCCAGACAUCCUUGCGGGCCUCCACCACGGAGGAGCGGGAUGCUGCUGCGGAGGCGCUCGUCACUGCGAUCCGAUCGGAGCUGGAGCAUCAGUUGCCGGAGGGUUCGGAUGGCAAGGGUCCGUUCUUUGGCGGUAGCGAGAAACUGACGUUGGCCGAGGUGCUGACCGGUUCAUUCCUUCUGCGCAUUCUCUCCUUCCACAGACACGGGUUGCUGAGUGAGAAGGUCCCCCGCUUGCUGGAGGCCACACCGCGAUUCAAGCGGUGGGCGGAAGCGACGGUGCGACAGGAGAGUGUGAACUAUAUCUGGGAUGAGAAGGUGUCAGCGGAUGCAAUCAAAGCCAAGCUGGCGGCGCUUGCGAGUAAGUGA